GCCAACUUAAAAUCGUUCUUCAACUUUCUGUACUGUGGACGCCAGCUAUCAGCCCCCUGAGACUCGAAGAAAGGCGACGACCAGUACAGACUCUGACUUUGCCGUCACUAUCGUCAGUGCUACGCUCAAACAAAUCCUCCUGCAGUUAUUGGUCCGACCUUCGAAGCUGUUCUGUUCUCAGAACAAUCAAAUUGGACACAACCAUGACAUUUUUUUUAUCUUGGAGAGAUGACCAUCCUUGUUGUAAACAUACAUGGCAUCUAAUACUGUCAUAGAUUAUGAAAAUGCAUACGAGUCGAUGUCUGCUCAUGUGGGGCUGUCGAAAGAAAGGAAGCCAUGUUCUUGCAAACGUUGUUAGAUCAAUCAGCAUGAUUCAGAGGUCAAGAAGCGCAUGGCUCAUGUUGAGCAUAUGGGCCAGGCUCCAUUGACAGAUACUUUCCCUUGUAUAAAGGGAUGGCUAGACGUACAUCCUUUGAGGGGCCGCCAACCAUGUUCAAGUCUUUACUCCUCUUUUCCCUUCCCCUCGCCUGCCUCGCAGGUACCAUACGGAAGCUUCAUGAAAGGCAAAUCUCCGGGCCAAUGGGUGUUGAUGUCUCUCACUUCCAGGGAACUAUUGACUGGACAUCAGUUGCCGCGAAUGGGAUCAGUUUUGUCUUUAUAAAAGCCACCGAGGGGACCACCUUCCUGGACCCUGAUUUUUCCGAUAACUAUAUCGGUGCUACUGAUGCUGGUCUAAUUAGGGGCGGCUACCAUUUUGCACACCCAGACAUUAGCUCUGGUGCUACUCAGGCAACAUACUUCCUUGCUCAUGGAGGCGGAUGGUCCGCUGAUGGUAUCACCCUGCCGGGUAUGCUGGAUAUUGAAUAUAACCCAAGCGGCGAUGAAUGUUACGAUCUUAGCACCUCUGCUAUGGUCUCAUGGAUUCAGGACUUCUCCAAUACCUAUGAAUCCCAAACGGGCAGAUUCCCAAUCAUUUACACAACUACCGAUUGGUGGACGACUUGCACAGGAAAUAGCGCCCUAUUCGCGAAUGACAAUCCACUUUUCAUAGCUCAUUAUGCCUCAAGCAUCGGUACAAUCCCGGCUGGUUGGUCUUUCGCGACCUUUUGGCAGUACAGCGACUCCGGCGCUAAUCCUGGAGAUCAGGAUGUGUUUAAUGGUAGUGCUGCAGGGCUGAAACUAAUAGCACAAGGAUGAUAGGCGAUCUGUAGGUAGUACAACAUGGCCAGUGAUAUUUUUCAGCCGUUGGAUUUCCAUGUUAACGUUACGACUAGAAGGAACAGAAGUGCUAUCCUGAAUGCAUGUCUGCUGGCUGAAUCGAGGGUGAAGUACCCUACUAUGGUAUUUAUGGAUAUGCACUGUGCAAAGAUAUGCAACUCGUCAAAAAUGCCUUUUUUCAUAAGCAUCCCUUGGCUCUAGCACUUUGGGGAUUUUUUGAAAUAAUUAUGGGAUAUUAUACCUCAUAUCUAGCCUAUAAUUUCAUCCAU